ACCGCCGUCUUGAGUGGCAGCUUGACAAUGUCGCACGGUCGCACGCAUCAGCUGACGCAUAAGCACAAGGCGCUACUAUUCUCCCAUCGUUGAAUGGAGGUUCAAUGGAUGUUAUAAAGAUAAUAUAACUUUUUCGGCAGUUGUAUGAAUAUAUUCACUAUCGAUAUACCGGCUGUCAUCCUGUCAUUAAAAUUGCGACGUUGCCAAAUGUAUGGUUCCAACUCUAGUUAAAUUUGUGACUUCGCUCUGAUAUUUUCAGUUUAUACCGACGGUUCAAUGAGAAAAAACCUUACGGAAUAAUUAAUUUAAAUGUAUGCUGAUUUUUACAUACUAAAUCAUUCAUAUUUGUCAUUAGUAAUAAUAGUUGCUUUUGUGACUUCGAAGUCCUGCAAGAACCACCUUAAGGCUCAGUCUACAAUAGGUUAUUUAAGCCCUAAGCCUUAUGAUUUAAGCUCUAAGCUGUGACGUAUGUCCGGCCUUAGCGUUUCCCGCGCUGCUUUAAGCCUAGCCUCAAGUCUUAAGCAAAUUGGCUAGCUUUCUAACCAAUAAUUUAGUAGGUGAAGGACUGGUCAAGAUGUCAGAUAUCGAGGACGGAGAAAUUAGUGUCGAAAUUAACGAUGAACUUCUAAUUUCUCUCGUACAAGCACAUCCAUGCUUUUUGUAUGCAAAAAGUGAUAAAAAUUAUAAAAACAGUGUAUUAAAAGAUAUAAAAUGGGAAGAAAUAGCGAAUAUUUUGAAUUGCACAGUCAGUGAAGCUAGAAAACGCUGGGAUUCAUUGAGAAACCAGUUCUGUAGAAAGCGACGUCAGCAAAAAAACCAACCAUCAGGUUCUGGGACAUCAGCAGAAUGGCCUUUAAUGUCUUGUAUGUCGUUUCUUAUAUCACAUAUUCAGAAUAGGAAGUAAGUAUAUUAUGUUUAGAUUCUCUUUAAUUUUGAACAAAUAAUAUGCAU